AUGCUCGCCCUCCGCGCGCGCGUCCUCGUCGUUCCGACGCACCGCCCGCUAGCACCAGCGCGGCUGGGCCGACACGUCUCGAACCCGCCAUGUCUUGCCGGCACUCUCCAGCCGACCUCCAGCCUUCGUCUCUCGUUACGACACUUCGCUUCAUCCUCUCCUGCUCGCUCGCCUCCGUCUGAAUCCUCCACACCCGCAACCUCAACUACACCGUCAUCCAAGGCGUCCGACCCAUCUGCAUCCUUGCCCGCACCCGCCAAGUCAAUAUGGAGUAGAUUUACCGCGAGCGCGCAGGGCUCAGAGACCACGAGCAGCACGUCGUCGUUCCGCAAGAUCGUCGCGCUCGCGGCGCCGGAGAAGAAGCCGCUUGGGGCUGCGAUUGGGCUGCUUAUGGUCUCGAGCGCGGUCUCGAUGAGCGUGCCGUUCACGAUCGGGAGGCUCAUCGACUUCUUCUCGACUACGAACCCACAAAUACCAUUCGGACUGUCAUUAGGGCAGGCGUCCGCGGUUCUCCUGCUCAUGUUCUCUGCGGGAGCGGCAGCGAACGCGGGACGCGCGAUGCUCAUGCGGUUAUCCGGCCAGCGAAUCGUUGCCCGACUACGAGAAAACACGUAUGCCGCGGCGCUACAGCAGGAGGUGGAGUUUGUGGAGAAGGGUGAGGGUGAUGUCUUGAGCAGGCUUAGUGUCGACUCGAGUAUCGUCGGUGAGAGCGUAACACAGAACCUCUCCGACGGUCUUCGGUCGGUGGUCAUGGCUUCAGCAGGCUUGGGCGCGAUGUUCUACAUCUCACCACAGCUUACCCUCCUGAUGCUCACGGUUGUCCCUCCGGUCUCUCUUGGUGCUGUCUUCUAUGGUCGUUACUUGAAGAAGCUCUCCAACAGGACUCAAGAAGCUCUUGGUGAGAUGACGAAGGUCGCUCAAGAAUCGUUGUCGGCUCUUCGCACAGUUCAGGCUUUCAAUGCGGCAAAGCAAGAGGAGGGCAAGUUCCACCAGAAGGUCGAGACCGUACUCCAGCUCGCACGGAAAGAGGCCAUCGCGAGUGGGAUCUUCUUCGGAGCGACUGGUUGGAGUGGCAAUGUGACCCUACUUGCGCUUCUUGGUUAUGGUGGUACUCUCGUGAGCAAGGGCGCUAUUUCAAUGGGUGAUCUCACGAGCCUCCUUUUGUACACGGUCUAUGUCGGAAGCGGUCUCCAAAUGCUCACUUCGUUCUUCUCGUCGAUCAUGCGAGGCAUCGGUGCGGGAGUCCGCAUCUUCGACCUGCUCGACCGUCAUCCCGCCAUCCCGCCGAACACCGGUGACAUCGUCGACCCCCUCCGACGCGGACCCAUUCGCUUCGAACACGUCUGGUUUGAGUACCCGAGUCGUCGCAAUGUCCAGAUCCUAAAGGACCUCAAUCUCGAAGUCAACGUUGGUGAAAGCGUUGCCAUCGUAGGCCAGAGUGGCAGUGGCAAGAGCUCUAUUAAUGCCCUGCUCAUGCGCUACUAUGAUCCAAUCAAGGGCAAGGUGACAUUUGAUGGUCAAGACAUCCGGGAGUUCAAGCCAUCUUCGUGGAGGAAUCUCAUCGGCGUCGUUCCUCAGGAUCCGGUACUCUUUACUGGUACUAUCGCCUCAAACAUCGCAUACGGUCAUUCCGAAGCCACUCGCGAGCAGAUUGAGGCUGCUGCUCGUCAAGCUAAUUGCGAGUUCAUCUGGGGCAUGCCCAAUGGCUUCGACACUGAGAUCGGACGCACCAGCUUGAGCGGCGGCCAACGCCAGCGCCUCGCAAUUGCCCGCGCCCUCCUCCGCAAACCGGCUAUUCUCGCGCUCGACGAAGCGACAAGCUCGCUGGACGCGACCUCGGAGCACCGCGUGAACGACGCGAUCGACAAGAUCCUGCGCUCCCGGCAAACGACGUGUCUCGUCGUCGCACACCGGCUCUCGACCAUCGCGCGGGCAGAGCGCAUUGUCGUCCUCGAAGACGGCUACAUCGUCGAGAGUGGCACGUUCCGGCAAUUGGUUAACAAGGAGGAUUCGCGGUUCCGACACUUAAUGGCAGCCCAACUCGACGCUGCGGCCAACGACUACUUGACGCCCAACGUCGUCCCGCCGAUUGAGGCGGCGCCCGUGCAGGUGGAGAUGGCCUCGCAGCAGCCGCAGCUAUAG